UGCCAACAACGGACGUACGCUUGUAUUACGCUUAGCAUCUUAACAAACCGAAAUACAAUACAAAAAAAAAACAGAAAAAACAAAUAUUACAAAAACAGUAACAUUAAACGCUCGUCUCCACAAACCUAGGAAGAAACAAAAAAAGAUUCGUGUUGAAUUUUUAUUCAUAUUUAACAGUUUGGAGCAGCAACAUAAUUACCGCCUCCCCCUGCUCCCUUAUCAGAGGGGUUUGUGUGAGUGUUAGAUGGUGUGUUUUACAACUACAUAACCAUAAAAUAGUGUAAAGUGUAAUUGUGUCUGUUUCGUCAUCAUCAUCGUUAAAGUCUUUUUCUUCGUCGUUGUUGUUGUCGUCGUCGUCAACAUCAAUCGGAUGCUGGACUUUAGUUCAAUAACGUCUAUUACGUGCCAAAAUCAUUUAAAUAUUUGUUUCUUUUUAUUUCUUCGUAUACGUAACGUAACGUGAACGCGUUUAACGUGAGAAGGCUGCUGUUAGCCUGUUCGUCUGAGUGUGUGUGUGUGUGUGUGUAUAAAAGUGUCUGUCCAGAUUAACUGUCUGCAUUUUGUUGCUGUUGAUUAUGAUUAUUUUGAAAACUGGACGCGUGUGAACUUUUUCAUGCAAUAUUUUUUGUUUUUUUACAAUUUGUGGCUAAUUCUAAACGUAACACGUUCGAUUGGCAGUGUAAUUUGAAUUUUGAUAAGUUUUAAUGGUGGUUUUUAGCCACUAACCUUCAAACGUGUAAAACGGGCCAACAGUUUAACAAAAAAAAUUUUUUGAAAAAAAAAAAAAAAAUAAAACAACAAAAGGAUCAGUCAAACAAAAAAAAUAAUACAAAAAAUUUUGCGUGAGUGUAAACAAGCCUAAAGAGUUAUUAUCCUUUAAAACAACUACAACAACAAAUAAUAAAUCAAAUUCUAAACAAAACAACAAGUGAAAGUUCCUGUUCCUCCCCCCUCCAAAAAAAAGCUAAAACAAAUGACCCUUAAAAAAAUAUUUUACUAAAUUAAACAAAAGGUCAUUUGUUGCAAAAAAAAAACUUUUCAAAAAAUUAGUGAAAAUGUUAUUUGUUAAAUAGUUAAAAAAAAGAAAAACUUUACAAAUUGGAAAAUAUAUUUAAAAAAUAUUUUCCUUUAUAACGAGCUUUAGUUUAGAAAAUAUCUAUAACUUAUAACAAUAAAAAUGUUACCCUAUCAAGCUGUCGCCAUGGAUUAUGCUGGCUAUCAACGCCAACCCACACCCGGUCAUCCCGGCAGUCAUAUGGCCCCUAUGGGCUCAUUGGGUAUGACCGGACCGGGUGCCUUUACACAUUCGUGGUUGGUGCCAACACAAGAUUUAUGCGCUGUGCCUUAUAAUAAAAUGCCAAAUCAACAUCAUCCCUCACAACAUCAACCACAACCUAUUGAACCAGGAAUACUUGAACUGCGCAAAGAGAAAUCACGUGAUGCGGCGCGUUCACGGCGUGGCAAAGAGAAUUUUGAAUUUUAUGAACUGGCAAAAAUGUUACCAUUACCCGCCGCCAUAACUAGCCAAUUGGAUAAGGCCUCGAUAAUAAGACUGACCAUAAGCUAUUUAAAAUUAAGAGACUUUUCCGGUCAUGGUGAUCCACCAUGGACAAGAGAACAAACCACCAGCAGCAAAUUGAAAAGUGCAGCCAUAAGACGCAGUCCCGCCGUUGAUUUAUUUGAACAACAUCAGGGUACCCACAUAUUACAGUCUUUGGAUGGUUUUGCACUGGCCGUUGCAGCUGAUGGUCGUUUCCUGUAUAUAUCGGAAACGGUAUCUAUAUAUUUGGGCUUGUCACAGGUGGAAAUGACGGGCAGUAGUAUAUUUGAUUAUAUACAUCAAGGUGAUCAUGCAGAAAUUGCCGAACAAUUGGGUUUAAGUUUAACAUCGGGUGGUAUAGCCGGUUCCGGCUCACAAACAGGACCAGCUGGUCUGGCCUCACCACAUUCUGGAGGUUCCGAUGAUGUUGUAGGCAAUCAUGGUACCAAUAAUCCAGAUGUUUCAGGUCAAAUGACUGUUACUUCGAAUAGUGGUUAUAAGGGUUAUGAACGUUCCUUUUGUAUACGCAUGAAAUCUACCUUAACCAAACGAGGCUGUCAUUUUAAAUCUUCCGGUUAUAGAGUAGUUUUAUUAUUAUGUAAAUUACGGCCACAGUAUACAUUUUCGCAUACACGAAAGUCACAGCCACCACUCCUCGGUAUGGUGGCAUUGGCUAUAGCUUUGCCACCACCAUCAGUGCAUGAAAUUCGCUUGGAAUGUGACAUGUUUGUAACGAGAAUUAAUUUUGAUUUUCGCAUUGCCCACUGUGAGCCAAGAGUUUCUGAUUUAUUGGAUUAUACGCCCGAAGAUAUGGUGGGUAAAAGUAUGUAUUCGCUGUGCCAUGCCGAAGAUGCCAAUCGUAUGAGAAAACAUCAUAUGGAUUUAAUUGAAAAGGGUCAAGUUCUUACCGGCUACUAUCGUUUGAUGAACAAAAAUGGCGGCUACACUUGGAUGCAAAGUUGUGCCACUGUUGUUUGCAAUUCCAAAAAUGCCGAUGAACAGAAUAUUAUCUGUGUCAACUAUGUGAUCAGUAAUCGUGAAAAUGAAAAUCUCAUUUUGGAUUGUUGCCAAUUGGAACCAAGUAUAGAUAGCAUUAAGCAUGAAGAUCUUUCGAGUAUGGAUAAAAAUUCCGGUUCUCCUGGUGGUGAUGCUUCGGCUGCGGGUGAUAUUAAUCAUAAUGGUUUGGCGGGUACUGAAACAAAAUUAACAUCUCCCAAAACCGAACCAGAUGCUCAACAACAGCAGCAGCAACAACAGCGAUCAAGAGGAAGAGGAUCAGCGAAUAAUGCCACCUCUAAUAUAAACUUAAUUAAGGAUACAAACACAGCAACCGGUUUAAAUGUAACAGAAGAUGGUUCAAUUAAUAGUUUACCCACAACAGUGGCCACAGCACCAACUCCUGCACCUACCACCACGAAACGUAAGCGUAAGAGUAAAAUUACUCCGGUACAACAACCGGUGGAUAAUGAUGUUGGUGUUAUGGAUAAUACCAUAAAUGAACCUAAUGCCAAAGUUCCUGCUGUAGAUCGUGAAACUCCACGUUCACGCUUGCCCUCCAUAAUCGAUGAACAGCAACAACAGCAGCAGCAACAACAACAAACACCAGCUUCUUCACAAAUACAAAAUCCUGAAACUUCCGUCAAAGAUUUGGAACAAGCCAUGUCUAAACAUUUGCCCUCACCGGGUAGUGUUAGCAAUGCGGGUCCCAAUACUACUGACUUUAGCACAGAUUCAUUACUAAAGCAACAGCAACAACAACAGCAGCAGCAAAAUGAGAAAAGCAGCACUAUACAAUGGAUAGGAGCACCUCAUUAUCAGCAACCUGCUCCUCCCAUGCCUGCCACCGCCCUGCUAAGACAACUCUAUGCCAAUCGUGAAAGUGUGAUAAGAGCCACCGCUCGUCAAACACCCACCGGUGUUUUCUAUGGUGAUCAACAAACUGGUCCUUUACCCACACCACCCGGUAGUGAGUCUUCUUAUGAUAAUCAAUAUCUACAAUUGCACUCUCAUCCCCAAAAGACCUCGUCUGAUGCCUUCACAAAUCUCGUCUCCACCUAUGGCAGCUAUCACAGUUCCAUUGAUUAUCACAAUGCCAUGACACCGCCCAGUUCGGUUUCACCACGAGAUACCAACAAUUCUCUAAAUGCAGGUAAACCCACUACCACACUAACCUCCCUAAAUGGUGGCUAUGAUUACGCUGAUCCUCUCAAAACUCAGUACACCACCACCACUAGCAGUGCAGCCGAUGUAUCGUCUGCUUUACCCCUCAAACCUCAACCUUAUUCAGCGGCAGCUGCCAUGCAUCAUAACAGUACCACCGAUGCUAGCAGCGGUUUAACCUAUAGUAAUUUAGAUCAACCUCAAUAUUUUGCUCCUCAUUCAAGUUUUCAUUUAUAUCAUAAGGGUGCUCCUACGAGUGGUUGGUAUUCAACACCCUCAUAGGUCGACCUUCAACAAAAUUGUGAAUUUUAUACAGGAGCCUCAAACACUAUGAUAGACACAAAUCAAAAUUAUUCAAAUGCUUCAAACUCUUUACCCUCUAAGGAGAGUUGGGAUAUUGUGGGAGCUUUGGGUAAAGUGGCGCGUAUGUUUUUUAAUGUAAGGAAGGGUAAUUAAGAUAUUGUUUUUCUUACAUUUUUUGGUAUUGUUAGUUUCUAUUGGCAUUUUUUUAGUAGUUUAUGAAAAGAAAGAGAUAUUCGGUAGCAUUCCGAACUUUUGAUGUGAAUUCGGAGAGUUCGAAAUACUUUUUAAGUCACUUUUGUUUGCUGAAAACUUGACCACGUAAAAACUUUUUAUGGUCUAUUUUAAUGCAUUAGUUAUUCACUUGAGAUUCACUUAAAAAUUUUUAAGAACUGAGUGUAAUAUACAAUGUCUGGCCACAUAAAGCAACCAUAAGCAAAAAGAGAGAGAUAGAGUGUGAGAGAGAAAGGUUUGUUUUUAUACAUACGUGUAAGCAAAAGAGAAAACAAACUCAUGAUAGUGCUCUUUGCUAAACAGUGAUCAUUAGUCGGUUUUUCUCACAACACGUAAUUUUACCAAUAAUUAAUCGCCUAAGAUUGUCUAUUGUCACUUUAACGAAAGUGUAAUAAGUGAACGAGUUCUUUUCGCUUUUUUUGUUGUAUAACACAUUUUUUCUCUUUUAACUAAAAUAAAGAGAGAGAAUUCGCAUUAUUUAACCAUCUAAAACAACCGUCAACCGAAAGAUUGAGGGAGAGAACUAAUGGAUGUUUUUAAAGAAGAGAAAUGUUAUAUGAGUGCUCUUUGUUGAGUUUUAAACGUCAAUUGGUUUUCUACAUAGAAGAUACUUCUCACUUUAACCAAAGUGUUAAAUGGACGAGUUAUUUUCUCUUUAGUUUGUUGUAUUACGAUGUUUUUUUCUUUAAAACAAAAUCAAGUGAUUUAUUAAGAAAUCGCAUUAUGUUAUCACCUAAAACAGACAUAAGCAGAUAGAGAGAGCGACCUUAGUAUGUUUUUAAUCAAGAGAAAUGUCUUACGAGUAUUCUUUGCUGUGGUGCAAAUGUUAAUUUAUUAACAAAUUAUUAACAACAUUGAAAUUUUUAAUAAUACUCUGUUUUUUACUCUUUUAAAUCAUUUUCUUUUUGGUCACCACUGGUCCAAAAUGUGGACAAGUUAGUUACAAGUUUAAAAACAAAAUUGAGAAGUUUUAUUAAAGUAUUCCAAAAAUCUUUCGUCACUUGAUCCAAAGAGUCAUUUGAACUAAAGUUUCAUUAAAAAUCGUAUAAAUUAAGGCGAUUUCCAAGAAAAUGCUUUAUCUUUUUAAUAAUUUCAAUGUUUAAUCCGUUACUCUUUUAAACUAUUCUGUUUAUUGUCAGCACUGGUCUAAAAUGUGGACAAGUUAGUUACAAAUUUAAAUCAAAAUUGAAAAGUUUUAUUAAAGUUUUACAAAAAAAUCGUUCGUCAAGUUAAAAAGAAAUUGAGAAGUUUUAUUAAAGUUUUCCAAAAAUCUUUCCUAAGAACCAUAUAAAGUAAAGGUUUAUUAAAAAUCGUAUAAAUUAUAGCGAUUUCCGAGAAAAUACUUUAACUUUUUGAUUAUUGCAAUGUGGAUGAGUUAUUUUCUACAUCCUCACUUGAACGAUUUAAAACCUACAUCGGCAGAGAGUAAAAAAUAAGUUCUCUUACUGGUUUUUACUGGGUUUAAAGUAUUUUUUUUUUAUAAAAAGAAAAACUUCUUCUCAUACUAAUAGUUAUUUUGUGUAAUUUUAAUUCUGUCAUCUAAAUAACAAUUUGUUUUAUCAAACUUUUCUUGUUUCACAAACUUCUUGAACUAAUAUCUAAAGAGUUAAAUCAGUUUCUAAAAAAAAAGAGAACGAGAGUUAUUUUGUAUAAUUUUAGUUCUUCUCUAUAUAACUUUCUUGCUCUAGAAAACAAAAAAAGUUUUUUGUAUUCACAAACUUCUUGAACUAAAAUCUAAAGAGUUAAAUCUGUUUCUAAGAAAAUGUCAAUGAAAGGACAAUUUAUAUACACCACCUCCUAGUCCACCUUUGUUUUUCUUAAUAAGACGUUUUAUGGUUUCCUAACUUUCUUAAAAGUUAAACUUAAGUUUUCUUUUAACAAAUCUAAUAAGUUAAAGAGUUUUGCUAAGAAAAGAUAAUUAUUACAAUAAAAUUGCCAUAAAAAUUUUAACAUAAAUCCAAUUAUAUGAACAUGUUUCCUUUAAUCCUUUAAAUGACAAGGAAAGUAAAGAAAAUUAGAUUUUUUUCUGGUAAAUACCACAACGACACCAUUUCCUAAUAGUAACAAAUCAUUAAGAGAUUAACAUUUCACUAACCAGCCUAGCCCAGCCUAGCCCAGUCCAGCUCAAGUUGUGAGUUAUAAAGAGUAGUUGAAGUAAUAAAUGGUUAGAGUUUUUUGUCUAUUUGGUGUUUAAAGCAAAUGUUAAGAAAACAUUGUCUGGCUGUUGUAAAAACACAUUCCACUUCAACACUUAAUUAAAUGACUAUUAUAACUAAUUAAGUUGUUGUUUUUGUUAAGGCAGAUAACACACAAUUGCGCAAAAAAAAACACAAGACAACAAAGUAAAAGUUAAGGUUUUGUAUGAAUAACAAAAACUAUACUUAAACAAGAAAACUAAGAAUACUAUUAACUAUUAUAAUUAUGUUAUUAACUAAUGACAGACACUGUAAUUAAAAGAAAAAUAACUGACAAAAAAAUUAUGUCAAUUACAUACAUAGCAACAACAAAACAAAUAAAAAUAUAUAUUUAAAAAAACAUUU